GCGGCGGCGGCGGCGAUGGAGGUGAAGCGGCUGAAAGUGACCGAGCUGCGGUCGGAGUUGCAGCGGCGGGGCCUGGACUCGCGCGGCCUCAAAGUGGACCUGGCGCAGCGACUACAGGAGGCGCUGGACGCCGAGAUGCUGGAGGACGAGGCAGGCGGGGCGGCGGGGGGUGUUGGGGAGGCGGAGCCCGAGGCCGAAGCGGCCCUGGCCCCAGACGACCAGCGCGACCAAGAGCCCGCAACCAAGGCCGGCGACGACGACGAGCCGGGAGAUGAGGAGGAUAGUGAGAAGUCAAAACCCACCGGUUCUGAUGGAGAGCGCCGUGGGGUAAAAAGACAACGAGACGAGAAGGAAGAACAUGGCAGGGCUUACUAUGAGUUCCGAGAGGAGGCAUAUCACAGUCGCUCAAAGUCUCCACCACCCCCUGAAGAAGAGGCCAAAGAUGAGGAAGAAGAUCCGACGAUUGUGAGCCUAGACACAUAUACCUCGGAUCUACAUUUCCAAGUGAGCAAAGACCGUUAUGGAGGCCAGCCACUUUUCUCUGAGAAAUUUCCCACCCUUUGGUCCGGAGCAAGGAGCACAUAUGGCGUGACGAAGGGCAAAGUCUGUUUUGAGGCCAAGGUAACCCAGAAUCUACCCUUGAAGGAAGGCUGCACAGAAGUUUCCCUUCUUCGAGUUGGAUGGUCUGUCGACUUCUCCCGCCCACAGCUUGGUGAAGAUGAAUUUUCUUACGGCUUCGAUGGCCGGGGGCUAAAGGCAGAAAAUGGGCAGUUUGAGGAGUAUGGCCAGGCCUUUGGGGAAAAUGAUGUCAUUGGCUGCUUUGCUAAUUUUAAAAGUGAGGAGGUGGAACUCUCUUUCUCUAAAAAUGGAGAUGAUCUGGGUAUAGCUUUCCGAGUUAGCAAGGAGUCUUUGAACGAGCGGGCCCUCCUGCCUCAUGUCCUCUGCAAAAACUGUGUGGUAGAACUCAACUUUGGUCAAAAGGAGGAGCCCUUCUUCCCCUCUGCUGAGGAGUUUGUGUUCAUCCAUGCCGUCCCUGUGGAGGAUCGAGUUCGAACUGUACUGCCCCCUAAGACUAUGGAGGAGUGUGAGGUAUUACUGAUGGUGGGACUACCUGGGUCUGGAAAAACCCAGUGGGCAUUGAAACAUGCACAAGAUAAUCCUGAGAAAAGAUACAAUGUCCUGGGAGCUGAGACUGUGCUCAAUCAAAUGAGGAUGAAGGGGCCUGAGGAACCCGAGAUGGAUCCCAAGAGUAGAGACCUCUUAGUCCAGCAAGCCUCCCAGUGCCUUAGCAAGCUGGUCCAGGUAGCUUCAAGGACCAGAAGGAACAUCAUCCUUGACCAGUGUAACGUCUAUAACUCUGGCCAGCGGCGAAAGCUGCUCCUAUUUAAGACCUUUUCUCGAAAAGUGGUGGUGAUUGUCCCCAAUGAAGAAGACUGGAAAAAGAGGCUGGAACUGAGAAAAGAGGUGGAGGGAGAUGAUGUGCCUGAGACAGUCAUGCUGGAGAUGAAAGCCAAUUUCUCUCUGCCUGAAAAAUGUGACUAUAUGGAGGAGGUGACCUUUGGGGAGCUGGAGAAAGAGGAGGCCCAGCCUCUGGUCACCAAGUACAAGGAGGAGGCCAGGAGGCUGCUGCCCCCUUCAGAAAAGCGCACAAACCGCCGCAACAACCGCAACAAGCGAAACCGGCAGAGCCGGAGCCGUGGCCAAGGAUACGUCGGCGGGCAGCGCCGGGGCUACGACAACCGGGCCUAUGGGCAGCAGUACUGGGGGCAGUCUGGAAGCAGAGGGGGUUACCGUAACUUCUACGAUCGCUAUCGGGGAGACUAUGACCGAUUCUAUGGCCGAGACUAUGAUUACAAUAGAUACAGGGAUUACUACCGGCAGUACAACCGGGAGUGGCAGAGCUACUAUUACCAGGACCGAGACCGCUAUUACAGGAACUACUAUGGCUACCAAGGUUACCGGUGAAGGCCUGGUCACUGAUGCCCACUGGCCACAAGGAGUGGAACCUUGGCCCCCGAGACACAACCAAUGACAAAUGGGCAGGGGGGAGGGCGGGAGGGGUGCCGAGGAAGGGGAAGAAGGCAAACCAAGAAAAACUGUACAUUUUUUUAAAAAAAAGUUUGUUGAAAAGAAUAUUGUCUUAUUCUAUAAAACAUUUCAAACCUAGUUAGACAUUUGUAAUCCAAAACCUUUGCUCAUGACGCAGUGCUGGGGGAUGCCUGUCCUGUCCUUGUAAUGAAUGGGACUGGACAAGCCCUGACCGACUUCGGACAUCCUGACGCAGCUGGGCUGGCGACUAGGCAGGGGAAAGGCCCUUAGGGCUGGGGCCACAAUGAAAAUAAACGAUUGGCUCUUCUCAGUCAUUUGCACCACUAA